AUGGCAUUACCGUCAAAGUCCGCAGGUACUUCGUUGUUCAAUAACCCCACUCUCUCCGACGUCAAGAUUCGCCAAAUUUACAAAGGCAAGGCUAAAGUGUACUUCGCACAUAAAGCUGUGCUCUGCGCACACUCUAAGUGGUUUCUCAAAGCGUUUACCGGAACAUCCAAGCAAACUUCUGAGCAAACAAUCGAAGUGCUCGAUGACGACCCGAAGAACUUCAAGCUCAUGCUCAAGUUCAUUUACACUAUGGAAUUGCCUUCCCCUUCAUGCCCAGACUGGUGGGGUAUUGAGGCCAUAGCCGAGCAGAAUAUCAAGGUUCCCAUUGGCGUCCAUAUUCUAGCUGACAAGUACGAGAUUACUCCUCUCCUGCACCCUACCUGCGACCAAGUCGAGGUUGCUAUGCGCACUCACGGAGGGUCUCUGCGCGCUAAUCUCAUUGCUGAGGUUGUUGCAGCGUAUUAUGGUGCUUGUUCACACGCCCAGAGCACCAUGGGUAUUACCAUAGCACAGGGAACCGACAAGCAUGCUGGUUCUUGGAUCCCGCGCAGCCAGAUGCAUGCAAAUACUACAUUUGAUUCAACGGUUAAGAAAUACGGUUUUUUCGCCGCGGACCUUGUGCUUGCCUUGAGAUCUGCUGGACGUUUAGAUUUUGGCAGAUAG